AUGAGGCCGCUCCGUGUGGAGGCCAAGAGUCGGAGAGUCUUUGACCUUCUCGAAACUGCUGCAAACUCAAGCCAUCCAAUGGCCCAGUUCCAUCUGGCGAAAUGUUAUCAAAACGGCCACGGAGUCGACCAAGAUUCCACCAAGGCUGUCGAACUGUAUUGCAGUCUUGCGAACAGGGGUAUCCUUCAAGCUCAGAUCAGCCUUGGUCGAUGCUACGACAGCGGCCUUGGGGUCGAGCAGGACAGUACCGCAGCCUCCAAGUGGUAUUCCAAGGCUGCCCAUCAAGGGAACGGCGAUGGCUCACUCCAUCACCUCGUGGCCGUGUGUUUGAUCAACGGAUUCGGAACGGCAGCGAACGCAGAGAUGGCUGCGUGCAUCUUUGAGCAGCUUGCCAACGAAGGCCACAGCGACAGCCAAUAUUGGAUUGGCUGCUGCUUCCUCAACGGCUGGAGCAGACAGGAAAACCCUAAGAAGGCAUUCGAAUGUUUCAGCAAGUCUGCCGACCAAGGCAAUUCAUACGGACAAUGGAUGGUUGGAGACUGCUUCCGCUCUGGAUCCGGAGUCGCCAAGAACGACACCAAGGCAGCCGAGUGGUUCCGCAAGUCGGGCGAGCAGGGUAACCGAUACGGCGAGUACUCAAUCGGCAACUGCUACCACAAUGGCUGGGGUGUCGCCAAGAACAUCGACACAGCUCUUUUUUGGUAUCGCCAGUCCGCCGGCCAUGGUCACGGAGGUGCCAUCAACAGUCUCUUGGCUCUUGGCUCUUGGCCCUGA